AUGCGUUUAUUGCAAAGCUGUUCAUUUCAAAAACGAGCGCAAAAGGAGUUUAUUAGACAGUAUAAUAAUGCAAAUGCAUUUGCAUCGAUGGGAGCCAAAAUUGAACAAAUUUCUGGCAAUGGACCUUAUAGCUAUAAGAUAUCAGGUGAAGUUUAUCAUAGAACUUCAGAAAAUAUUGAAAUUGAUACAUCAUUACAACCAAAUUGUGUUAGAGAAAUGUCUCAGCCACCAUCUUAUGCUGAAUUGUAUGUUUAUAAUACAGAUAUUUCUCUUAAAGCACGAAUGUUAAAUUCUGCUAACGCCCAAUGCUGUCGUGAAAAUAUGAUUAUCAUUAGCACAGCAAUAAAUGAAGUCUCUCCUUAUGCCAGUUGUUAUAAAAAACUUCGAGAAGUUUAUGAUAAAGAAUUAUCUGAGAGAAGAGCAAUUAAUUUACCUAUGAACAAAAUAUCAUUAAUUUUUAUUGGAAAUACCUAUGAUGAUCAAAGAAUAUACAAUGCUCCUCGAAAUACAGAUGAUGUUGCUAUCGUUUUUGUAGCUGAUCGUGAUGGAAAUAUACCUGCUCAACUUGAUUUUUCAGUUCAACCAAAUAGUUCCAAUUCGUUAAAACGAAUUAACAUGCUAUCUAAACAUCUUGAUCCGAUGUGUUUGCAUAUGCCCGUUAUGAGGCCAAUAAGAUUCAUACGCAAUAAUCAAAAAACUUUACGUGUGGAAUCUUAUCAAGGUUUGUUAGAUCAUGUUAAUGAUUUAAGUCGCAAUAAUAAUGCGCGUAUUGGCAAUUUAUUUAUUUUACCGUCAUCUUUUAUAAGUGGUCCACGUUUUAUGUCUAAGUUAUAUCAAGAUAACAUGGCAAUGGUGAGAAAAUUUGGUAGGCCAGACCUAUUUAUCACCUUUACGUAUAAUCCCAAAUGGUCUAAAAUAUUGCCUGAAUUAAAGUCCUUUCAAAAUUCUUCUGAUAGACCAGAUUUAGUUAUUCGAGUAUUUAAUUUAAAAUUGAAAGAGUUUUUAGAUGAUAUUGUGAAAAAAAGAAUUUUUGGUGAAGUAAUAGCAUAUGUUUAUGUAAUUGAACAUCAAAAACGGGGUCUUCCACCUGCCCAUUGUUUAUUUACUCUUUCGAGUCAAGAUAAAAUCAGAACCUCGGAUGACGUUAAUAGCAUUAUUAGUGCAGAAAUACCAAGUCAAGAACAACACCCAGAUCUAUAUACUAAAGUAUUAAUACAUAAUAUUCAUGGACCAUGUGGUCAAUUGAAUCCAAAUUCGAUUUGUAUGAUUGACGAAUCAUGCACAAAAAAUUUUCCUAAACCUUUUUGUUCAGAAACUGAUGCAUCUAAUGAUGGUUAUCCAAUUUAUAAACGUCGAAAUAAUUCUAAUGAAAGGCAUUUCGUUCGUAAUAAUAUUAAAAGAUUUGUUGUUCCAUAUAAUCCGUUUCUGACUAUAAAAUAUAAUGCUCAUAUCAAUGUUGAAAUAUGUUCUACAGUCAAAGUAAUAAAAUAUAUUCAUAAAUAUAUAACUCAAGGACAAGAUUCUGCUAGAAUUGGUAUUAGAGUAGAUAGCGAAAAUAAUGUUCAAAACGUCGUAGAAUAUGACGAAAUUAAACAAUACUUAGAUUGUAGAUAUGUAAGUUCGCAGGAAGCAGUUUGGCAUAUAUUAGAUAUUCCCAUUUAUGGUCAGUUUCAUAGUGUUGUCAUGCUAUCAAUUCACUUAAAAGAUGGCCAAAGUAUAUUUUUUGAAGAAAAUCGAGAUGAAAAUGUUUUGAGACAAGAAUCAGUUAGAUCCACUACUUUAACAGCAUAUUUUGAUUUAAAUCGUUCAGAUCCAACCGCCCAUAAACUUUUAUAUUAA